AUGUCAGACAUUCCGAAACAAUGCGAUGUGCUUAUCAUCGGUGCUGGUCCUGGGGGCUCAUACUCGGCGUCUUGCUUGGCGCGCGAAGGAAUCGAUGCGGUGCUCCUGGAAGCUGAGAUAUUUCCUCGAUACCAUAUUGGGGAGAGUAUGCUCCCGUCGAUGCGUCACUUUCUGCGCUUCAUUGAUCUCGACUCCACCUUUGAUAAUUAUGGAUUCAAGGUUAAGAGAGGUGGCAUGUUCAAGAUGAACUCCAAACCUCGAGUCUUCACCGACUUUGUAGCUGCAAGUGGCCCUCAAGGCUACACCUGGAACACUGUUCGCUCCGAAGCCGAUGACUUGAUGUUCAAGCAUGCUGCUCAAAGCGGCGCGAAGACCUUUGAUGGGGUCCGUGUCGGGGAUCUUGAAUUCCAGCCAUGGGACAAGAACGACCCCCUGGAGCAGGAGCUAGCCAAAUUCCCCGCCCCCAACCCAGGUCGUCCAGUCGCAGCUCGUUGGUCUCGCAAAGAUGGCACUAGCGGCAUGAUUAGCUUCAACUACCUAGUUGAUGCUAGUGGUCGCGUCGGUUUGGUGAGCACUAAGCACUACAAAAACAGACGGUACAACCAAGGCCUGAAAAACAUAGCUAGCUGGGGAUACUGGAAGAAUAUGGUGCCCUAUGACUUGGGCGGUGUUAAUGAAGGCCAGCCUUACUUCGAAGCCCUGGCCGACGCUAGCGGCUGGGUCUGGACGAUCCCUCUGCACGGCGAUGUAGUCUCGGUCGGUGUCGUCCGCAACCAAGCAACCGCGACGGAGGAGAAAAAGAAACUGGGCUCGCCCUCCAGCAAAGAUUUCUAUCUUCAGAAUUUGAGACUUGUGUCUGGUAUCCAGAGUCUCAUGGCCAAAGCAGAGCUGGUCUCAGAAAUCAAAUCUGCAUCUGACUGGUCAUACAGCGCUUCCAGCUAUGCUAGUCCGUUCGUCCGCGUUGUAGGUGACGCGGGUUGCUUCAUUGAUCCCUUCUUCUCGUCUGGUGUCCACUUGGCAAUGGCUAGUGGCUUGUCGGCAGCUGCGACAAUUUGUGCCACUAAGCGAGGUGACUGCGACGAAACUACCGCUGCAGACUGGCAUUCCAAAAAGGUUGCGGAAGGAUAUACCCGUUUCCUGCUUGUGGUCUUAAGUGCUCUCAAACAAAUCAAGGACAAAGAUAGUCCUGUCUUGACAGACUGGGACGAAGAGACCUUCGAUCGCGCCUUCUCAUUCUUCCGACCCAUCAUCCAGGGUACAGUCGAUGUCAAAGCCCGAUUGACAGGGUCGGAAAUCUCCGACACAAUCAACUUCUGCUGUAGGGCCUUCAUCCCCGUCCCUUUGGAAGAAAAAGAAGCUGUUCUGCGGAAAAUGGAAGAUCUCGGACUCAAUAACGAGGAUAUCGACCCGAAGGCGAAGGCUGCGCUUGAGGCGUCCAUGUCCCCACAGGAACUGCAUAUCAUGAACACCAUCCGUGCGCGUGAGAUGUUGCGAACAGAGGACGUCAUCAACAUCGACACCUUCAGUUUUGACACAAUUGAAGGCUUGACUGUUAAUUUGCAGCACGGUCAGUUAGGCCUUGUUAAACCCAGCGUCUCGAAAUCCGAGAAAAUUGACGUUCUUGGUUUGAUAUACGGCGAACACAAGGAUGGAGAUGGCAAGAAGGUCUCUGGCAACCAUUGCAGCUCAGAU